GCCGAAUUAUGGAGAACUCCAAAGCACCGUUCACCCCUCUGGGAAACCCCCCCAUAAGUCAAAAAUAGCACAAUAUUUUCCCCGAUUUCGACCCUCUCUUUAGUACAUUACACCCGACCAACCCAUUGCAUGUUCCGAACAUUCGCCCUCAAAAUGGCUGAAAACGCAGCAAAACGGCUCAAGACCGACAAUGGCGUGGUCGCCAUCGCCACACACAACGGCCACUUCCACGCCGACGAGGCGCUGGCCGUGCACAUGCUGCGCACGCACAUCCCGACGUACUCGGGCGCGAAGCUCGUCCGCACGCGCGACCCCAAGCUGCUGGAGGAGUGCCACACGGUGGUGGACGUCGGCGGCGAGUACGACGCGGCGCGCAACCGCUUCGACCACCACCAGCGCACCUUCGCCACCACCUUCCCCGGCCGCGAGACCAAGCUGAGCAGCGCGGGGCUGGUGUACAUGCACUUCGGGCGCGAGAUCAUCGCGCGGCGCCUGGCGCAGGCCGAGGACAGCGAGCAGGUGGGCAUGGUGUGGCGCAAGAUCUACGAGAGCUUCGUCGAGGCGCUGGACGCGCACGACAACGGCAUCAACGCCUACGACUCGGCCGCGCUCGCCGCCGCGGGCGUGCAGAAGAAGUUUUCCGACGGCGGCUUCACGCUGGGCGCCAUGGUCGGCCGCCUGAACGGCAACUGGAACGACCCCACCCCGGAGGACCCCGCCGCGGCGCAGGAGGCCGAGGACAAGCGGUUCACGCAAGCCAGCCAGCGCAUCGGUGAGGAGUUCGACCGUGACCUGGAUUAUUUCACUCAGGCUUGGCUGCCCGCGCGGGAAGUGGUUGCUGAGGCGUUUAACGGACGGCAGGAAUUCGACAGCCAAGGUCGUAUCAUGGUGAUGAAGCGCCAGUCGGCGCCGUGGAAGGAUCACCUUUACACCUUGGAGGGUGAGCAGCCCGAGGGUAGCCAGGUGCUCUACGUGCUAUACCCGGAGAAGCCGGUCCCGGAUGCGAAGUGGAGGAUCCAGUGUGUGCCAGUCGCCAAGGACUCGUUCGAGAGCAGGAAACCACUGCCUGAGGCGUGGAGGGGCUCCCGUGAUGAGGAGCUGGAUGGGAUAUCCGGAGUGAGCGGCUCCGUUUUCGUGCAUGCCUCGGGGUUCAUCGGAGGCAACAAGACUUUCGAGGGUGCCCUUGCCAUGGCAAAGAAGGCGCUCGAAAUCUGAGGGGUUCCACAGAUGUGCCCAAGGUGGCUCUGUCGCUGCCCAAGCGGGCCGUUCCUGACCAUCAGGCGUUGGGCAGCUAGACGAGCGAGGCUGCGACGCCAGGGCCGGGAAAUCUUCUGGGGAAAUCGCCGCAGCGCUUCGCCAGUUGACUGCCCAACACGGUCGCCGUGGAAGGAUGCCUCACCCGGUUAACUCCCCA